AUGGAGAUCUUCAAGCAAUUGGAGAUUACUAUGCCUUUGACCGAAGCACUGGAGCAAGUUCCUGCUUAUGCGAAGCACAUGAAGAAAUUCCUCAAAAAGAAGAAGUAUCUAGACGAGGAAACAAUUGAAGUACAGGGUAAUUGCAGUGCCAUAUUACAGAAGACGCUUUCUCUCAAAUUCAAAGAUUUGGGGAGUUUCACCAUCCCUCGCACCAUUCGGAAUUAUGAUAUAGGGAAGGCUCUAGUUGACUUAGGAGAUAGUAUCAAUCUUAUGCCCUUAUCUAUGCUUAAGAAGAUUGGUGGUCUGGAGGUCAAACCUACAAAAGCAAUCUUGCAAAUGGCAGAUAGGUCCAUCAAGCAUCCGUAUGGUGUGAUUGAAGACGUGGUGGUGAGAAUUGAUAAAGUCAAAUUUCCAGUGGGCUUUGUAGUGAUGAAGAUGGACGAAAAUGAAGAGAUACCGGUCAUUCUUGGACGACCAUUCAUGAAGACAACCAAGGUUGUCAUUCAUGUAGAUGAUAUAUUGCUAACAUUGAAGGAUCAAGAAAGAGAGGUAACUUUUAAUGUCUUUGAAGAUGCACAACCAAUUCAAGAGAAGUAG